CGAGGAGCUCUCCAGCCAGAUCUCACAGCCACUUUCCAACCCACCACUGUCACCACCACCACCACCACCCUGUUGUUGCAGUGUCGUCGACUGCAUGCCCUUGAACAAGCAAGCGAAGAAGUGAAGCGUCAUCAAAAUGGCGAAAGCGAAGAAGAACUCUGGUGAUAGCAACAACGCCAGCAAGGGCGGGUGCUGCUGGAAGAAGUGCUGCUGCUGCUGCCCCUUCCUGAAGUGGAUGUUCAUCCUGGUUGGCCUGGUUGUCGUUUCCGGCAGCGUGUACCUGUACCACCACACGGAUUACGUGUUUGACCCGGAGACGCUGCAGCGCAUCGCCAAGGAGUCCAUCGAGGCCAACAAGGCCACCCCUGACGACGUUGACCGCCUUGUGGACAUUGUUGUGGACAAGCUGCGCGAGGAGUAUGGCGAGCACAUUGUGGAGCACCCAGAGUGGAUGUUCAACAACGCCGGCGGCGCCAUGGGUGCCAUGCUCGUCCUUCACUGCAGCUUCUCCGAGUACAUCAUCAUCUUCGGCACCCCGCUUGGCACCGAAGGUCACACUGGCCGAUUCCUUGCUGAUGACUACUUUACCAUCCUCCACGGCGAGCAGUGGGCAUUCUCUGCCGGCAACCUGACACGCGAGGUGUACAAGCCCGGUGACCAACACCAUCUGUCUUUCGGCGAGGCCAAGCAGUACAAGAUGGACGACACGUGCUGGGCCCUCGAGUACGCCGUCGGCAACAUCCCCUCCAUGCUUCCCUUUGGCUUUGCGGACGUCUUCUUCAGCACCCUCGACUUUAUCACGCUCUACAAGACCGUGCGCGUGAGUGCCGUCAACAUGUUCUCCGAGCUCAUCCUUCGCGGCAAGAUCUAAACGAGACCGACCAAGCAGGGCGCACACGCAAACGACAUUCCCAAACACACGGCAGCAGUCGCAACACGGCAAGCUGUGUUUGUGUGUGUGUGUGUCUGUGUGUGUCUGUGUGUGUCUGUG